AGAUUGAAGGGGAAGAAGAUCAAGACACAUCUCUGCUUCUACGACAUACACGGAAGAAUUCCAAGGUCGGAUAAUCAGUAUAUGUAUAUCUUCAUAGACAUACGGAAUAUAGGGUAGUGUGAUAUGGGUUGCUCCUCUUCGGUUCCAGAUAGGAGUUUGGGACAGAAGGGAGGUCUUAAUCCUGACAAUGGUGCUGCAAAUGACCCUAAGAAUCUCCGCGUGAAGUUGGUAUACUGCUGGGUGAUUCUGGUGUUGGAAAAAGCUGCAUUGUUCUACGUUUUGUUCGUGGUCAAUUUGAUCCAACAUCAAAGGUUACUGUUGGGGCUUCCUUUCUAUCGCAGACGAUAGCCCUGCAAGAUUUGACUACAGUUAAGUUUGAGAUUUGGGAUACUGCUGGUCAGGAAAGGUAUGCAGCGCUAGCUCCACUUUACUACAGGGGUGCUGCUGUUGCAGUUGUUGUAUAUGACAUCACAAAUCCGGAUUCAUUCAACAAAGCACAAUAUUGGGUCUAGGAAUUGCAGAAGCAUGGAAGCCCAGAUAUAAUCAUGGCCCGGCCUUGUGGGGAACAAAGCCGAUCUCAAUGAAAAACGAGAAGUAUCUGUUGAAGAUGGAAAGGAGUAUGCUGAAAAGAAUCAAAUGUUCUUCAUAGAAACCUCUGCUAAGACAGCAGACAAUAUAAACCAGUUGUUCGAGGAGAUUGCGAAGAGGCUGCCACGACCAUCUGUUUCUUGAUUGUCAAGCACGGGGAAGGCAGCGAUUCGAUAUAGAUAUAUGCCUGUACUCUAUUAUUAUGUAAAUAAAAAAGGAAAAAAAAUGGUAUCCAGGUU